AUGCGCUUCACUAUCGCAACCGCGACAGCAGUCUUGUCUGCUCUUCAAGCAGCCAAUGCUCAGACCUUCACUGCCUGUGACCCAACAAAGAAAACUUGCCCUGGCGACAGCGGUAUUGGAAACGGCAAACCCUUCGUCACCGACUUCACAACCGUUAGUGGCACAGAUGCUCCAACUGGAUGGACCUAUGCGGACGGAACUACCAUGUCAUACGACAGUGCGAACGGUGCCAACUUCCAGAUCUCAACAAAGACCGGCGCCCCUACGAUCAGCACCUCGCAAUAUAUCAUGUUUGGUAACGUCAGCACAUACGCCAAGGCUUCGCCAGGAACUGGUAUUGUCAGCAGUUUCAUCUUGGAAUCGGAUGACCUUGAUGAGAUUGAUUGGGAGUGGCUUGGAUCCAACGAUGCUUCUGUAGAGAGCAAUUUCUUCGGCAAGGGCAAUGUUACUAGCUACGACCGAGCCAUCUACCACCCUAUCUCCCAAGCUGUUACUGGAUGGCACACAUACACCAUCGAAUGGACCAAAGACUACGUCAAGUGGUACGUUGAUGACAUGGUCACCCCCGUCCGUAUCCUAGCCUACGACGACCCCAAGACCAUCAAGGGCACCCAGUUCCCCCAAACACCAAUGAAGAUCAAAUUGGGCAACUGGGUUGGAUGUGCCGAUGCCGCUGCUGCUGCAGACCCAAAGACUCAAGGAACUUGCGAGUGGGCCGGUGGACCAGCAUCUUUUGACGGAAGUACUUCAUACAGCAUGUACGUCAAGAACAUCUCCAUCAGCGAUGCCGGCUGCGGUGGAACCUACACAUACUCCGACAUGACCGGAUCAUUCGAUAGCAUCAAGUCAUCCAACGAGGGAGCCUCGUGCGGCUCAUCCGGCUCAUCCUCAAGCCCAAGCUCGUCUGCUGGUUCUUCGUCGGCUGCCUCUUCCACGACCGCUUCAGCCACAGACUCAGCCUCAACAGUGAGCUCUGGAACCACCUCUACUGCUUCUGCACCAAACUCAACUACUACUGCGAGCAUCUCUACAUCUACCGUCCCAGCCGGUGUCUCCCCUUCAUCCGAGAACGCAACUGCUACGGGUAGCUCAAGCGGAAGUGGAAGCAACGGCACCAGCACCGGUUCUGGCAGCACAGGAGGAGCAACAGCCUCCGCAGCCGGCGGUGCCAGUUCAAGCUCAACCAGCACCCCACAAAUCACCACCAACUCGGCAUCGUCCCACAAAUACGGCACGGUGGAGCUGGUCGUCAUGGCCUUUGGUCUCGGCGUCGGAUACCUCGUCAUGUAA